GGACUUCCAUUUUAGCAACGCCUCCUCCCUACUCUGUCUGCGACUCAACGACAAUGAAUUUCGCGUCGACGCAUGUCUACGCGUACGACCACUCGGACGAAGAAGUGAUAUCAGAUGAAGAACUAGAGGAAGGCAUGUACCUCAGUGACAGCUGCGGGUCUGCAGACGAGUUGUGUACUGUGGGUGCGAGUGGCGGCGGAGAACAGGAAGGAAAUGAGGAAUCAAGUGCAACAGCAGAUGUACAUUCUGUACUCUGUUCUCUGCCUCAUCCAUCAGUACUACGUAAUGGACCACGUAGACGUAGAACACAUUCAAGAUGGCAAAACGAUCAGACCAGAAAUGGGCAUCACUUUCGUCAAGCAGACACCAACGUUCUUACAGUACAAUUCGACAAACUGAAAGAACCAAGUCACAUGCACACGGGAGACGCCAUCGUGUGUACCCAAUGCCAAGCCGUCUUGUCCCACUUGAGCCAUCUGGUUGAGAAACCGGACGAUGCAUCCAAACUGUGGACGUGCGAAUUUUGUUCUCACACCAACACAGUCGACUUGGUGGCCGACGAAAUCCCAACUGAAGAUGAUGUAACCUACUUGCUGGAACCAGCAUCGAUUGCUGCUGAAGGAACAGCCACCGGAUCUGGUGAUGACAACCUGGUCGUGUUUUGUAUUGAUGUAUCUGGCAGCAUGUGUGUUACAACUGAGGUUCCAGGAAGAUCUCUCUUACGUGGCGCAGAAAGAAACAGAGCUCAUCCAGGACAAGAUGAUUUCGAUGCUUAUCAGCAGAUGAUGGGAAUGAGACAGGACGUGACGUACAUCUCAAGGCUUCAGGGAGUCCAAGCAGCUGUUAAUAAGCAACUGGAAACGAUGAAAAAUAUGUUUCCACAGCGACGUGUUGCUUUGGUGACGUUUAACAAUGAGGUGACUGUGAUUGGUGAUGGUUCUCAGUUGCCUGUUGUGAUUGCUGGAGAUAAACUUGGUGAUAAGGAUGCAUUGAUAAAGGCUGGAAAGGAGGUCGUGCUCCCAACUGCCGUUGGUACGGUUUGUGAUGCACUAAGUGCCAAGGUUUUUAGUCUGGAAGAGGGUGGUGCAACUGCGCUAGGCCCUGCUCUUCUUUUUUCUGUCGUCAUGGCUUCGCAACAACCAGCAUCAAAGGUGAUUAUUUGUACUGAUGGAUUGGCUAAUGUUGGUCUUGGCAGUCUGGAUGAGUUGAUCAGUGAUGAGGAUCAGGAAGUUGCACAGAAGUUUUAUGAUGAUUUGGGUCAGCUGGCAGUGGAUGGAGGAGUUUCUGUUUCUGUUGUGACUCUUGAGGGGACCGAGUGUCGGAUGGUCGAGUUAGGUCAAGUGGCUGACAAGACCGGUGGUCAGGUGAGUGUCGUCGAUCCACUGAAACUGACACAGGAGUUCAGCAACAUGCUACAAAACCCGGUGAUCGCAACCAACGUGAUUGCAACUCUCAUCCUCCACAGUGGCCUGUAUUUUCGUAACGAGGAGGCUGUGGAUAAUCGAGUUACACGCAAUGUGGGCAAUGUAACCGCUGAUAGCGAGCUCUCGUUUGAGUAUGGAGUGAGGAGUACGUCGCGAACGACAUCGCCAGCAACUGAAGCUGCGAAACAACCGGAAGUGAAAAUACGAGUUACGGAUGUCGAUCAAGAGAAUGCUGAUCGGGGAGAGCCUAUGGAAGUUGUUAGUGCAGUAGAUAAGGGAGAGCCAAUGGGAGUUGGUAGUGCAUUAGAGGAGGGAUCUGAUGCUACUGAUGGGCCACCUCCUGUGACCCGGCUGUCCGAACUGCCGUUUCAACUACAAAUGCAGUACACUGGCAUUGACGGUUCGAAGUCAUUGAGAGUUAUGUCGAAAUCACAACCAGUCACUAAAGACAGAGAAGUUGCUGAACGAGAUCUUAAUCUCGGUGUGAUCGGCGUCCAUGCUGCAAAGACUGCUGCCAAUCUGGCAAUAGAAGGCAACUACACGGAUUCAAGAAUGUCGGCCAUGUCUCAGCAACGCCUCGUGCAACGCUGGAGUCGUAAGACUGACAACAGGGAUGGAUAUGUCAACUGGUAUGCAAACCUUGCGCCCAUGGAAUUCCAGCUUAGACGAAACCAAACGAAUGAACGACGUGCUCUAGACGGGCGUUCAUACAGUGAUGAUGAAGACGAAAUGGAUGGGUACGCGUGUAUGGCCCCCCCACUACCUGCACUACCAACGUCGCGCGCCCUCACGCUCCCCGGGGGACUCAGCGCGCAUGGAGGCGCAAAGAAACUCGCAACGAAAAAGGCUCUGAACCGCAGACGGGAUUGUAGCGACGAGACUGCGACGCUCAUCUACCGCAUGAGGUCGACGUCGAGCCGCUCGUUUGUGCCCUCGGACGACGAAGAGCAACAACAACAACCGCGGAUACCUCCGCGGCCCUCGAGAGCAAGACGGAGCAAGUCGGACGACACCGGACCGAAGGAAUCGACCGUUUAG